AUGCAGAUGUACACCUUACCUUCCUCGCAAGACACAUCCUCAGAGCACACUGUUACAGACUAAUACCACCACCACCACCACCACCACCACCACACACACUGCCCAGCCACCACUCAGCUCUACUACAGCCCAAGGACUGCAGGUAGGAUGAGGACCUGGUCAAGGGCCCAGUUUGCAAAAUGCUCUGUGGUCCUCCUGGGUCUCAUUACACUGACCCUUUCUUUGGGGAACAUCUCAAGUAGAGUGCAGGAUGAGGGUGUAGCCUCUAACAGUCUGGAAGACGGACUAGAGGUAACUACUUAUUGGUGGGGGGAAUGGGCAAAGUGGACAGCCUGUACACGCACUUGUGGAGGGGGGGUCAUGUCUCAGGAGAGACAUUGUCUUAAGCAAAGAAAGAGAACAACAACUGGUAAGGACAACAUGACAUGCACAGGAAGUGCAAAAAGAUACCAUCUCUGCAAUACAAAGGACUGCCCCUCAACUGGAAGGAGUUUCCGAGAGGAGCAGUGCUGGUCAUUUAACUCUCAGGUGUUCAAUGGGAAGAGCUACCACUGGAAACCCCUUUACCCAGAUGACUACGUUCACAUUUCCAGCAAUCCUUGUGACCUUCAUUGCACUACAUCAGAUGGUCAGAGGCAGCUGAUGGUACCAGCCCGUGACGGAACUUCCUGCAAGUAUAGCAAUUACAGAGGAGUCUGUGUAGAUGGCAGGUGUGAGCCUAUUGGAUGUGAUGGCAUCCUCUUCUCUCCCAACACACUGGAUAAGUGUGGAGUGUGUCAAGGAGAUGGAAGCAGCUGUAGUAGGGUAACUGGUAACUUUCGCCGUGGAUCUUCCAGCCUUGGAUAUUCCUUCAUUACCCAAAUCCCUGAGGGCUCAUGGGACAUCCAGAUCAUUGAGAGAAAGAAGUCUGCAGAUAUACUUGCUGUGACAGAUCAAGCAGGGAACUUCUUCUUUAAUGGCGCCUACAAGGUGGACAGCCCUCAGAACUUCCAUGUGGCAGGCACCAUCUUCAAAUACCGGCGGCCCACCGAUGUGUAUGAGACGGGGAUUGAGUACAUCGUGGCGAAAGGGCCCAUCAAUCAGCCCAUCAAUGUUCUGGUUUGGAACCAGAAUGGUCGCAACCCUUACAUCACCUAUGAGUACACAGUGAUGCGUGACCCUCUUAUUCCAGUCUCCCAGCCACCUAUUUACACUGGCUCAGAUGGAGGAUCCAGUCACCAAGUCUCCAUGGAGAUCAACAAUGUGUCACCCCACAAUGAUAGUGUGAAUGGCAAGGCUGUCCCAGAUACACAGAGGAAGCAGGUGAGGAUGCAGAACAUUGGGCCUGGUGCAGUGGAUAAGCCUGACAAGGAGACCAAUGAAGUGUAUGAGGACACAGCUGCUAUAGACUGUAAUCAGGAUACUCCAACACCCCUGCAUUAUCCAGAUGGAAAUAGCAGCUGGCCAAGUGGAGUGGUUGCCCCUGGCAUUGUGCCUGCAAGCAGACCUGCAGAGGAGAUGGUGGAUUCUGAAAAUUUCAUAUGGAGGAUGUUUCUUGCACGUUGCACGUUGCACGUUAACAUUUCCACAAAUCGGCUGCUUGGUGAGGGGGAAAGCCUCAUCUCUGAAGCAGAGCCAGCUGAGUUGGACUACAGCAACUCAGAGCAAGGGAACUUCAAUGGUUCAUUUCUUGAGUUCUCUCUAGGCCGCCACCGCAAUGAGACAGACCUUUUCCAGAACAGGACCCUGAUUACCAGCUUGAGGAACGGCAGCCGCGCCAAUCGCACCAGGAAUCAACAGAGGGUUACCGGGAAGAACAAAUUGAGUUCUGCAGAUAUGUAUCGUUGGAAAUUGUCCUCUCAUGAACCAUGCAGCAUGACAUGCUCAAUAGGUGUGACAAAGUCCUUUGCUACGUGUGUACGAUAUGAUGGUGUUGAGGUGGAUGACUCUUACUGUGAUGCUUUGACUCGCCCUGAACCAGUGCAUGAUUUCUGCAUUGGAAGGGAGUGCCAGCCAAGGUGGGAGGCCAGCAGCUGGAGUGAAUGCUCACGGACCUGUGGUGAAGGUUUUCAGUUUCGGCUAGUGCGUUGCUGGAAGAUGCUGGCCCCUGGCCUGGACAGCUCGGUUUACAGCGAUCUGUGCACAGAUGCUGAGUUAGAGCGCCCUCCAGAGCGCCGGCCCUGCAAGAGCCCAACCUGUGGCCCACAGUGGGAGAUGGCUGAGUGGUUAGAGUGCCCAGCAACAUGUGGCCACAGAGGUUUAAUGACUCGUGAGGUCAGGUGCUCAGAUGAAGUCAGGCCAUGUGAUGAGACAACUCGGCCUCCAUCAUCCAAGAACUGCACUGGUCCACCUUGUGAUCGCCAGUGGACAGUCUCCAUGUGGGGCCCAUGCUCAGGUCCAUGUGGGCAGGGGAAGAUGGUACGGCAUGUAUACUGCAAAACCCCAGAGGGCCGAGUGGUUCCUGAGUCUCAGUGUUCACUAGAGAACAAACCACUGGCCACACAUCCUUGUGGAGAUAAGGAGUGCCCACCACACUGGUUGGCUCAAGACUGGGAAAGGUGCAACACAACAUGUGGACGUGGCAUAAAGAGGAGGACUGUGCUGUGUGUCGGCAUCACGGGUGGCAAGUUUCAAAUCCAUGAGGAUGAGGAAUGUGACGCUAGCAAGCGACCAGGAGAUGAGGACACUUGCUUCGAGAGACCUUGCUUCAAGUGGUAUACAACACCUUGGUCUGAGUGCACCAAGACAUGUGGUGUGGGAGUGAGAAUGAGGGAUGUGAAAUGCUACCAGGGAAGAGAACUUGUUCGUGGAUGUGACCCUCUGACUAAGCCUGUUAACAAACAGACCUGUGCAUUGCAGCCUUGCCCCACUGAACCACCAGAUGACAACUGCCAGGAUCGUCCCAGCACCAACUGCUCUCUGGCUAUUAAAGUCAACCUUUGCAGUCACUGGUAUUACAGCAAGGCCUGUUGCCAUUCGUGCCGGAAUCAACGUGCCACCUAG